AUGGGCGACCUCUGCUCCAAGGAGGGCGUCGUGGAGGUGCCACCUGCCGCCCCGCACCCCGUGGCGCACCUGCAGAAGGCGUCAAGCCAGUCCCUCAAGCAGCUCAUCACGCUCACCGCCAAGGACGAGGACAUUGUCGUCGUGCACGCCGUCAUCUCCCAGACGGAAUCCAACGCCAAGGCCAACGGCAGCAUCGUCGCGCCCGCUCUGGCCAAAGAGGUCAUGGAGAAGACCGCGCCUCCCGUGGUGGUCAUCACAUCCCUCAGUAAGUCCUACGGCCCCAUAGGGGCGCCCACGCACCACCGGUGCGCCACGGUGGACAUCGGCGGGAACAAAAACAGCGUGGCCGCGGACUGUGGCGGUGGCGCGUAG